AGUUACAGAUACAAACAUUUUACAACUACAAUGGGACAACGUGGUGGGCUAAGUAGAGGAAAUGUUGCCUAUGGAAGUGCAGCGAGAGUGCAGGGCAGUGACUUCCAGAGGACACCUGCAGACGAGUGAAUGCCGUCUCCGAUGUGGAGCUUGUCGCUGUCCGACGCGCGCUUGGUGCUGAAAUUUGGAUGAUGUCUGGCCAGCGAUUGCAAGGCUGCCGCUCCCUGCACCUCAACGAGGACAACGGCCGCUUCGUGCUGCUCGCCGUCCUCAUCGUACUGUACCUGCUGUGCGGCGCUGCAGUCUUCUCGGCCAUCGAGAGGCCCUCGGAGCUGCGGGCUCACGGCCGCUGGCACGGGACGCUCCUCAACUUCAGUGAGACCUUCAACAUCAGCCUGCAAGAGCUCAACUCCUUCCUGCGGGAGUACGAGGCUGCCAUCGCCACCGGGAUCCGGGCUGACGCUCUGAGGCCACGAUGGGAUUUUACAGGAGCAUUUUAUUUUGUUGGAACUGUGGUGUCGACUAUAGGCUUUGGGAUGACGACGCCUGUGACGGUUGCAGGGAAGGUGUUCCUGAUCUUUUACGGGCUUCUGGGCUGCGCGGCCACCAUCCUCUUCUUCAACCUCUUCCUGGAGCGAAUCAUCACACUGCUGGCCGUGGUGAUGAAGGCUGUGAGGGAGCGUCGAAUCAGGAACAGCGGUUUACUUCCGCCGGGCAUCCGCCAUGACUUCUCAGCCUACUCCCUCCCCGGCUGGAAGCCGUCCGUGUACCACGUGAUGCUGAUUCUCGGCCUGUCAGCCAUCACUAUCUCCUGCUGUGCGUCAGCCAUGUACACCCCUGUCGAGGGGUGGGCUUACUUAGACUCGCUUUACUUCUGCUUUGUUACCUUCAGCACCAUUGGAUUUGGAGAUUUUGUUAGCAGCCAGAGCGCCGCUUACAAAUACCAAAGCCUCUACAGGGUGGCCAACUUCUUCUUCAUGCUAAUGGGCGUGUGUUGCAUCUACUCGCUCUUCAAUGUUAUCUCUAUUGUCAUUAAGCAGGUGCUCAACUGGAUUCUGGAGAAAAUGAGCUGCUUGUUUUGCCAGCGCUGCAAUAAGGCCACCGUGCUCCUGGGCAGACGGAACGCAAUCCGCCCGGGCUCCAAGAGUCGCCAGGGUCGGACUGGCCAGUUGUCCGACUCUGAUGGACCUUGUGAUAGUGAUACAGAGGGACGCAGACUCUCAGGGGAGAUGAUCUCAAUGAAAGACUUGGCAGCCUCCAACAAGGUGUCGCUGGCCAUCAUGCAGAAGCAGCUGUCUGAGUCGGCAAAUGGAUAUCCCAGGACAGUGUGUGGAAGCUCACGCCAUAAUGGUUUCUCUGGGGGGGUUGGCGCUCUCGGUAUCAUGAACAACAGGCUGGCAGAGACAAGUAACUCCAGGUAGAGGACACAAUAAGUUUUGGAGCUCUUGAUUCUCAAACUGUCUAACAAUCCCUGAGGUUGA